AGCGAACGUGACAGAUAAAUUAGUUAUAGGGUGUUUUCUGUUUGCUCCACCUCUGCUCUCAUGUGAAGGGCAUCUCCUUCACCAGCGCAGGGAAAGAAAGAGAGGGAGACGGAGAUGGAGGGGAGCAUGAUGAUGUCCUUGGAUAAGCUCCCCAUAAGGAGGUUGACCGCCAUCGAAGAAAAUGGUGUCGAGCAUUUUCCCCCGCGCGAAGUUUCGGCCGAUGAGAAGCUCCUUUCUCUCCUCCAUGGGAUCGAUUUCACUCCACUGGUCCUCGAGAGAGAGGCGAAGAAGCCCAAGACUUCGAAGGAAAGCCAGCCGGCGGCGGCCACACAGUGGCCAUGGCAGGGCCUGGUGGAGAGCCUUCAGCAGGUUCAUCAGGAGAUCUCCGUCGUCAUUGACCUGAUCAACCAUGUGGAGGCAAAUGAAGCAGUAGCAGUUGCUGGGAUGACAAAGCCGAAACCGUUACCAAAUGAGUUGCUGUCCGACCUAUCUGUCUCAUUGUCGACCAAGUUGCAGUGCUUUCGUCAAUUAGGGAAAUAUUUCAAACAAUCUGCCAAGGCAUUGGAACAGCAAGUUGCAAGGGAGGCAAGGUUCUAUGGUGCAUUAAGCAGAUUGCAACAAAACUGGAAAGUAAAGCGACAACGUGCACUUGCAAGUACAGCAGGCAGUGAGGGUUUCAUGAUUGAUUUGUCUGAUAAUCCACUAUCUGAUCCAUCACUUUCUCUCCGUCCAUCUCCUGCUUCUAUGGUUCGUAUUGAUCACGGUCCACUAGGGAUGCUGACUGUGCAUGUGCCUCCCAAGUCAUGCCACGCUAUCCAGCUUGGUUUUCUUGGUGGCAGUGAAACUGAUAAGCAGAGUCAGUUGAGCACCAAGAAGUCAGGUUUCUCAGUUGAGGCUUCACUUGAGGGGAAGGAAGAAGUCAUCAGUGAUGAAGAUGUCAAUGCUGGUGUUAAGGAAACACAUUCUCUUCUCCGUGACAUUCAUCUGGCUAUCUUUGAUGAGCUGGUGUUUGAAUCGGUCAGCCGUGAGGCAUUGUAUCAAAAGCCUGGGGUUUACGUAGCAGGAAUGCGCGAAAAUUUUGUGCUCUUGAGCAUAGGUCAGCAGGCUUCGGUCUUCUUGCGUCUCUUGCCUUCCAAUGAAGAUGCAACUGGAAAGGAUAGUCUUCCAACCAGAGAAGCUGGUACUGUGCCUGGUCAGACAACAGAAGGAGCAAUUAUUACUACAAAGAAGCAUGAUGAUCUCAAAAAAGAUAGACUUCCCAAUCCGCUUGCACUUGAAAUAUAUUUGCAGCAGUUAGUCUAUGAAACGACACUUAGAGUGAAAGAGAGGCAAUCUUCUGGCAGGUUGCAAGGUUCUAUCCAACCUAUAGGUGGUGGUGAUGGAAUCUUGAGUCACUUCUGCAUGACUCUUGCUCACCGCAUAUUUUCAUACAAAGUCCUAUCCAGGCUUGAAAAUUUGGUAGCCAAAGUCCCUUAUCUUCGGUUGGUAUCUGAUGCUACCUGGCACUCUCGCACUUCUUCAUGGUCAGUCUAUGUGGAUGUUCCACAGUCUAUCCUCAGUCUGCAUCUAAAUCGUCAAGCCAAGCCUUCUGGGGUGGAUGUCAUGCAACAGAAAGUCAUGUCAAGAUUCCACAAUAAAGUGGUAGUAAAUGAAGAAUGCAUCACAAUUGGAGGAGAAAGCACCUCAAAUGUCGUGGGUCUGUUUGUAGGUGACUCUGUGGAGAUCAACUCAACUAUAAAUCGUUAUGAAUGUGAUUUGGCAAAUCUUUCACUUGUAUUGUUGCAACAGGUUGCCAGCCAAAUUGUGCAUUGGCUUUUCGAGGAAGCAUUGAUUGUGGGCAUGAAGCCCACACGAGACUUAUUGAGUAUAUCUUUUGAGCUGGAGAAGGGAGAAAAGUUAAGUUUAGUGGCCCAUUUAGAUCCGGAAGAUGAGUACCAAUGCUUAACCUGGUGGCUUCUUGUUGAAGACUCGGUGGUGGAAGAAGUGCAGAUGCCGACUGAUUUGCUUUUCAGCGGGGGGUCUGAAAACAAGAGAUUCUUGGGGCAUUUGUCUCUCGAGGAACUGUAUGCAGUUCUUAUGGACCUUGUUGGUUUAUGUGGCAGCAGUUGAGCUGCAUGGCAGCCAUGGCAUGCUGUAAAUUGGCAAAUUCAGGAACGCAGGAGGCUUUGUUUGUGAUCAAGCGGGCGACAGAUGAAGUAUUCUCAACAAGCAGAAGGGAACUAAGUCUUUCGGUAAUCGAGGAUGUAGUUGCAGAGUUCACUCCUUUGAGUUGCCCGUCAGAUGAAAUUGCAAAGUUAAAAACAACUGGACUUUUACUGUAGAUAGGAUGAUCCGGCUGAUACUGUUAGCAUGUUUUGUACCAACAUGUAAAUUCAUCUGACCAUAGCCUAGUGAUGGUCCUGAUAGACGAUUCUCAAACUAGUUUACGCCUACCUGUACCUCCUUCGGGGGAGAAAAGCCAUAUUGUAAGGUCGGGUUGGUGGUGUCAGGGGCAAUGGCAACGGAGGAUCCUCGGAAGUUUGUUUUUGUGGCCUCCCUUUCUUCUUUAGUUCAAACGUCCCUUUCUGUUAGAAAGGUCUGAAGACAUUCAGAUCACGGAUUGAGAGUCCAGUUUAAAAUCGAGAUGUGGAUCGACCGGUUUUGAGAUGCGGUUAGGUACAAUGCAGUUUAUGUCAAACGACGCACGCUCAAGUGAAGGAUAGCUGAUGAUUUCUUUUCUUGCCCUGAAGGAAAACGACCCUCUCCCCCUUCACCCCAAAGUCGCUGUUCAUUGACAAGCCUCUGGUUGAUAUGCCCCUUGAGGUCUGUCUUUCUUAUUUGAGAGUAAUUAUACUCAAGACCGGUACUUUAUGUUAAGAUGUCAUUCUGUAAAUCCUCGACUUUAAAUCGCAUCAUUUGUGUUUCUCGGGUCUUUUAGCA